AUGCUAAAUAGAGUUGAAGAGAAGCUCCUUGCGUACCACAAGCCCACAAAAAAAGAACUCCGAAUGAUUUGCUCAAGAGCCAUGGACAUUCUUCUGCUGGAACAAAAUAUUGUCCGAAUAGAGCCACCUGUUGUAGUCUGCGGGGACAUACACGGACAGUACGACGAUCUCCUCACUAUUUUCAAAAUAAAUGGGACACCAAAGAAAACAAAAUACGUCUUUCUCGGUGACUAUGUGGACAGAGGAUUCAGCUCGGUUGAGACAAUCUCUCUUCUUCUCCUCUACAAAGUUAUGUAUCCGCAGAACAUUGUCCUACUGCGGGGAAACCACGAGUCCAGAGAAUUAACGGAAACAUACGGACUCUACAAAGAGAUAUGCACAAAGUACGUUUCUCUUGACAUCUGGAAGCUUCUGUGCGAGACCUUCACUUUCCUUCCUAUUUCUGCUCUUGUUGGAAGCCGUAUAUUCUGUGUGCAUGCGGGCAUUUCUCCAUAUGCUCUGACAUUUGACAAAAUACUGCGGAUUAACAGAUUCAUGGAGAUUCCGGCAUCUGGGCCCAUGACAGACAUGCUGUGGAGUGACCCUGGGAUAUACCCGGGGCACUAUCCCAGCGACAGAGGGGCUGGAUACAUCAUUGGCCCUGACAUUGUGCAAAAGUUUCUUGCUCUGAAUGACGUGCAUAUUAUAUGCCGGUCGCACCAGCUGGUAAAUGAAGGAUACAAAUUUGCAUACAACAAUAGAGAACUCGUCACUGUGUGGAGUGCGCCCAACUACUGCAACCGCAUGGGGAACAAGGCGACCUUUUUGAAGAUAGGAAAGAACCUGCGCGUAGAUGACGAUUCGUUUGUUUUUUUCGAGCAAGUGCUCAAGCCCACAAAGGAGAUAAGAACUCUUCCUUAUUUUCAUUAA